AGUUCGAGUGGUGGAGAGACAGAACCCGUUCUCGGUUUAUGUUUGUUUUCGUGGACAUUAAAACGAGUCGUUUGAUCUCGCCGACAGCGAGCGACGAUCCUCAAUAUCGCGCAUAAUCGACAGUUGCAGUUAUCCAUCGCGGCAUAUAUCAUUGUAUUUCGAAGUACGGCGCAGUGAUUUUUUCCCCCGUCUUUGCUGGAAUCUUAUGACUCCAUAUUUUAUUUCAGCUUUUACAGAUAGGUUCUCGCCCUUCGAGGAGCAGUUAUUAUUUAUACCCGCUAAUGUUGUGACAGUCUCACACUGGAGACAAUCCCCGCGUAACUUGAAGGAAUUUAAAUAGACCGACCAAGGAGUGUUUCGGUGGUAGACGCUCAAUCGAGUUUGCUCUCUGAAGUUUGUUACUGUUUAUUUUCACAUCGAAAGGUGAUCGACAUCAUAUUUUUUUUACUCGCCUGCAUGGUUUUAUUUGCCUCGUGUUAUUUCGGAGAUUUGCUCCUGAAUUUAGCUCGCUAGCUGCGUGACUACUCAAGGCGUCGAAGUUUAGUUAUCAAUCACUCGUGAUAUUGAUUUCUCGUGAAUUUGUGGGAACUUGGAUAAAACAUGAAAACGUGUUUUUCUUACACUGUAUUGGAUAUUCAUCAGUGUAGCUGUAAUUUCUUCGUCGAGGUAACGGACCGCCUAUAUUCGACAAAAGGAAUUGCCUUUGAUUGAACUUUUUAAUAACAAAUUAUUUUAUAUAGGCCUACAAUAAUACACAACCUAUCAUCGGACUUGGGAGACCGUCGAUCUUGAUUGAUCUGAUUUUAAGGGGAGUUUUUAAAACAAUUUUCACAGAAGAGAACGGCUUCAAACUUCCAAGAUGGGAUUACUCGAUCAGCCGAUAAUUUACAGGACACACAUAUCGUUAUUUCAUAUAUUAUGUUGCUUUUUGCAACUUUCGUCAACCCUUGUUAGCAACACGUACAGAACCGACAUGCUAUCGAACCACGGACAUCACACCACGGCGGAGCUCCAGCUGCACCGCUGGGCCGUGGCGGCCAUGGAUUACCCACGGACAUUGGACUGCACCGUAGUCCCAUUCAUAAGGGAACGCGAGUGCCUUCAGUUGACGCAGCGGCCUGAAUCGGAAAUGAACUUGUACGUCGCCCCGCCUCGCCCCGGUGGUUACCACGCCGUGUUGCCAGACGGCGGGCUCAGUGGCAGUGGAACACACGACGUGGUGCUCGCGAUAGACCCAUAUCCACGAGCAAGUUUUGGGCAUCUCGUGAUUAUCUUCUUUCUUGACUUUGAUUUGGAUCUCGAUGCUUGCCGAGAAAGACGAGGAAAGUACCUUGCUAGCGGUGAAUGUCUCCAGCUUGCUGAAAAGCAGCGAUGUCGAAACCGAUUAUGGCCCCGAAGUGGACGGCGACGAUGCGAUAUCAACUUCCUCCCCCUCGUCUACUCCCCCUUCGACGAGGCAAAAGAGCAGCAUCUUGUGUGUCGAGACGAUUCUAUUCUAGGGUUUGGGGCUUGCCCGACGUAUCGCAGUGAUGCAGCUAACUACUCAAUGAACUGUGAGCUCAACAAGAAUACAAGGCGAUGUGAAGUUCCAUCUUUGAAGGUAAAAGCAAGAUGCAAGGUGUAUGAGAUCUGCGAUCAAGCAGUACUUAUCUCCGGGGGCUGGAAUAGACAGACGAGUCCUCAGUCAUCGGCAGACAAUGUACAAGAUAUGUAUUCUGUUCUCAGGAAAAAUGGAUUCAGGAGACCCAACAUCAAAACAUUUUUUGCUGAUACAAGCAGUGUAUUGGAAGGCAUCGAUGAAGAAGGUUCAAGACACACUUAUCCAGCAACACAUAAAAUGGCUAUUCAGAGCCACCUUAGUACUCUGUGUAGAACGCCGUACUGCGUAGAGAGCCUCGUCAUCUAUCUAAAUAGCCCCACCUUAGCAGAUGGAACGAUGCUUCUUUGGGAUACGAAUCAAGAUGGCAUCGCUAAUGCCGAUGAGCAGUACACAGUUGCUGAAUUCCUAGAAGACAUCUCCGACUGCAAUGCACGGCACAUCUACAUCAUAGCAGACCAGAGCUUUUCCGGUAGACUGGUAGACGCCCUCGAGCUAGCAUCGGACACUAGCCGCCAUGAGAAUGUUGUCGUGUUCACCAGCGGAGGGAGUCUGGAAUACUCAUGGAACAGCGAGUUGACGAAUCGAUGGGUGAACUCUAAUCACACGACGAUGUGUGUGGAUGAAAUACACAGGGGCUAUGAAGACACUCUAUCUUCCUCGCCAAUUCUCUACGAGAGCUCGCAAAAUGCCGCCAAUACAACUCUUUUUGGGGCACCCUGUGAUAUGCUUCCCUUUUUGACCCCGCACGAACUCCGCGUCACGUAUAUGGGGUGUCAAAACCUUCCCAUGACCCUAUGGUGGUUCCGCUUCCAGUCCACGCGGUCGACGCGAUCAACGUAUCGAUAGCACGAAAUGGAGAUCAUUUUGUGAGGACGUAUGAUCAGAACAUUGAUGAUCAGGACAAUGUCUUUUUUUGUGUAAAGUUUGCUUUGUAAAAGCAAGCUGAAAUUUCAUUACAGAGCUUUCCUCUC